AUGGGGCUCAUGAGAACAGGAAAGGUAAGAGGUGAGAGAAGCGGAGUACGGGCAAGGGUGAAGAAACCACAGCAGCGAAGUAAAGCCGAAGUUCAAGGACUGGAUGACGAAAACGCCUCGAAUCUGCAUCCCCCGGAUAAGAUUGUAAGAGUACAUCCGGGUAACCCCCUUUCUUGGUUCACGGUGGCCUCUAGAAGUCAGACGCCUUGUUGCCGCACAUGCGCAGUCGCUCAAGCCUUCCUUCUGCACGCAGUCCCUCGGAAAGUCUCGCCGCUUUGUCCCGCCAGACUUUCAAACGCCCGCCUCUCUGACCCUCGCAUCCCGCUUCCCAAGGCCGCGCAGGCGCAGGGAGAAAAGCUGCUCUGUGCCCGACUCCAGGCCCUGCCGGGCGCUGCGGGUGCUGACGUUGGGUCUGUCCAGGCAGUUGCAGGGAGAGGGCCGGGUUGUCCGCUUCCGACGGUAGCCCUCGGGACGGAGGCCCAGCAGGGCAGAGAAUCGGCGGGGACCGGCGGCGCUGCCGCCCCCCUCGCCGCUGCUGCCCCAGCCCCGCAGCUCACCCUACUGGUCAUGCAGCCCUGCGGCAGCCGGGAGGAGGCGGCAGGGGUGGGAGCGGCAGCGGGCGCCAUCCUGCGGCCGAGCCCCGCUCCUGCGGCCUCGGUAACCCCGACCCCGACCGUGACCCCAGUCCCGGGGGGCGGCAGCGCCGCCGAGAACCCCGUGCCCUUGUACGAAGUGGCGGGAGAUGCGGAGGACGAGGCCGCCGAGGACGAGGCGGACCUCCUAGACACCUCAGACCCGCCAGGGGGCGGCGAGAGCACGGCCAGCCCCGAGGAACUGGAAGACGAGGAGAUUCCGUCCGGCGGCGAAGGCGGCCGGGCGUCCGCCGGGAUCGCAGGCGGCGGCGGCGGCGGGGGCUGCGUGAGCAAGACGUGCACCUACGAGGGCUGCCGCGAGACCACGAGCCAGGUGGCCAAGCAGCGCAAGCCGUGGAUGUGCAAGAAGCACCGCAACAAGAUGUACAAGGACAAAUACAAGAAGAAGAAGAACGAUCAGGCCUUGAGCUUGGCCGGCACUGGGGCCGCCGUGGGCGCCGGCGGCGGCACGGGCAGCGUCAAGCUCGAGGAAAGCACAGAUGGCUCCUCAUCCACUGGAAAACAAAGAACUGGUUCUGUUGGAGAUCGUCCUGCAAGACCCACUCUCUUAGAGCAAGUGCUAAAUCAAAAACGGCUGGCACUAUUAAGAAGUCCAGAAGUUGUACAGUUUCUGCAGACACAGCAACAACUACUAAAUCAACAAGUUUUGGAACAAAGACAACAACAACAGUUUCCUGGAGCAUCAGUGUGAAGGGACUAAUUGAGGCUUUCCACAGAUUAAUAUCUUAUUAUACUGGCUGAAGAUAUUUUUAUAUUGAAGAGAAAUAGGUUAUAGCAGUCAAAUAGAGGACAUGGAUAUGAUUGUUAUAAAAUCUUCUAGAAAUACAUAUAUCUGUUUUUUGUGAUGGGUUCUUAGAUUUUGAAAGAAUCUGGUCCUACAUUAUAUUUCCAAAUCUCCAUUUAACUUUGUUUUUAAAACAUUUUUCAACUUUAAUUUUAAAAAUACCCCAAAUUUCUCAAAAAGUUAUCAGGCAAAAGAUCAUAAAUAUAUGGUCGUUCUUAAGUUUAUUAUUAAUGAAGGAAAUGAGAUACUUUCUGUGGAAGUUGUGAAAGUAAUAGAUAUUGAUCUUGUAUUGUCUAGCCACUGAGUAUGGCAAAAUAUAGCUUGGACAUUCUUCAGAAGGCCUGUGCUCAGGAAUAAUCUUAUUUAUGCUUUUCUACAUACACCUUGAAUUAACAAGGAAGUAAAUAUUGAGUGUGUGUGUAUACAUAUAUAGGAAGAAGGGUGCUAAUAAUCAGCUGGUUUAUGAGACUGGUGUGCUCCUGAUUUCAGAAAUGUCCUACUAUAUCAAAAAAAGGACUUCACAAAGGAAAUUGGAAUGAAGAAAAUACAGAAGAAACUGCUUGAUUACCUAAUUGGCUUUGUAUGCGAACUAUUAGAUGUGAUCUCUAUGGAAGCAGGUAUUCUGAAGUGCAGAAUUUAUGGUUGAUGGAGAUUGUAUCUGGCUCACCUUGGUUACCAAUUCCCUGAUAAAAUUGGCCCCAAUUUAUUACUUAUUACUCAAUUUUUUUUUCCAAUGGAAAAUUUGAGAAUAGGAGGGAAAAUUCCUAUUUUUUUAAUGAUUUUUUUUAAAAUGAGUCAUUUUAUGAUUGUUACUAUUAAAUAGAUACCUAAAUGAAGUGAGAUACUUUUAUCCUUUCUUCCUAAGUUAACAAAACUCAAAAUCAUAUCUAAUCAUAGCAUCCAAAAAAAGUAUUACCCCUACACUGUGUACAUCUUCAUGGCAAAUGUGUACCAGACUGGCUUGUUUGGAAAUGUUUGUUUUUUGUAAGAUGGUUUUUAAGCCACAGUCUGUACAACCAAAGCUCUCUGAUAAGCAUUCAGAAAGUAUUCUUCAUUUUUUAUGUAUAGACUUUAUAAUUAAAUACUGUUAAAAAAAUAAUAAUAAAAUAAAACUUAAUGUACUUUUCAAUUGUAAUUUAUUCAUAUAUUUAACCACUUUACAGACAUAAAGAGGGUUAGGUUAAACUAGUCAUUGUCAUGCUGGCAGAUAAUCAUUGUUUAUGCCUUUGAUUUGGUUGAUCAGGAAAUCCAAACCCGUGUUGAAGCUUAAAAAUUGAAGAUAACUUUUGCUUCUUUAGGUAGAAUUAGGGAAAGGGCUUUAUAUUUGAAACUUGAAUUUUUUUUUUUAAAAAAGGACUUUAAAAAUUUAGAUGUUAAGAUAUAAUCUAUGCUGCUAUUAGGAAUUGGGCAAUAAGAAUUUUAUAUUGGAAUACACAUCCCCAGGCCAGAACAGAGUUGGAUAAGGGAAAAAUGGAAGGUAAUGAUAAGGAAGAAAAGUAGGGGAAAGGAAGAGAAGAAAAGAUUGUGUUCAGAUAAAGGAAUUUUGGAAUUUUUGGACCUUGGACUUGAAAGCGAAAUAACUGUGGGUGAUGGCAAGAUCAAGGGAAUAGCCAUAUGUGACCUUAUGGGGAGUUGAGGAGCAGGCCAUGACAGUUGAGUAGAUUUAGGAACCGGAAUCUGGGUAUAAGAGGAAACAGCAACAUGUAAUCUUGAAGAUCUCUAUUAAGAGUCCAAGUUGAGGUGGAAAGGAAAACCAUGAACCAAACUGCAUCAGGGAGAAUCAUCUUAUUAAGUGAAAUAGUUAUCUUCAAAGUUAUCAGUAAUCUCAUGGCCUUUCCUCAGUCAUCCUCCCUCUUCAUCUCUAUGCAGUGUUCACCAUUAUUGCCCUUUUCUCCUGCAUACUUUCUCUUCUCCAGGUUUUAAAGAUUAGUUUUUCUACCUACCUGACUUCUCCUUUUCAUUGUCCUUUGCUGGAUAUUCACUCACAAUCUUGAGUGCUCCCUUUUCUUUCUGUAUUCUCUAUUGGUGCAACUGCUUUUGCUUGUCCUCCAACAUUACCUCCCAUUUACCUUGUAAAUAUCUUAUGUUUCUGCAAAUACUUGUUUGCAUCUUGUUUCCCCCAUUAGAAUGUGAACUCUUUGAAAGAAGAACCUAACAUUUGCCAUAGCACCUGACUAAUAGUAAGUUCUUAAUAAAUGCUUGUUUUGCCAGAUGACUAUUGAAAAAAGAUCCUUCAAGUUUGUAAUUUCAUUAACAAUCAGUAAGUAUGCCAGCAAUGAGGUUUUUUGCUUUUGGUUGUUUUUUAACCAAUUUUGUGAAUAUGAGAUUAUAGUUCAAAAUUGUUUUAUUUUUAUCUCUGAUUAUUA